AUGAAAAUGGAAAAUUCUGAGACAUUUGUAGGCUUUGAUCUCUAUAAGACACCGCUCUCCAGUAUUGCUCAGAAGAUUAUGUCUGCUAUGCACUCAAUUGAUUUAGUGGAUUCUGAGAAUUUGAGAGAGAGUGAAAAGACUGCAGAAGUGACGUGCAAAUCCAGUGUUAAGUCUUCAGUGCUACUUGAAGAUGGAAAGAGUCAGUCACUGGAAAAAAAGACCCUUAUUUCUUUAACAAGCCAGACAUCAAGAACUUCCAUCAAGUUCCCUCCUCAGUUGGCCAGUGUCAGCCUCACAAAUCAGCUGUCUCCUGAGCAAAAGCAGAAGAGCGUCAGCUCAUUGGCUCUUUCCAAUUGUUCAGUUCCAUGGUGUCAUCAAGAGGCUUCAGUUCUACAGAAAAUGGAGCAUAAAAGAAAGCAUUCCCUAAAAGAAAAUUUCAAUGAAAAUGAAAAUAAGGAAAGCAUGAGUCUUAAAAGAAAACAUAUUACAUCUAAUAAUUUAUCAGAAACAACAAGUAAACAUAGGACAUUGGAGGAAGAUGAGGAGGAGGCUGAAGGCUGCCUAAAUUCUGGAAACUCAAGUGCAUUUGAAAACCAUUUGUGUGAUAUUAGGUAUUUGGAGGAUUUGGAGAAAAACCAGCUGAUUGAAAUGCUCAAACAGGCAGCAGCCCUGGUGGUAACUGUGAUGUAUAAGGAUGGUUCAACCCAGCUAAGAACUGACCAGGCUACAGUUUCUUCUGUUAAAGGAAUUGUAAUAUUACUAAAGAGCCAAGUGGAAGAAGGCAGUGGUCCUCUGGAUGCCUCAGCCUCUGAUGGCAUUCUUGAGGAAUUCAUUUCUGAUGAUAGGUAUAUUUACAUAAAAAUAGAGCAGUCUUCUAUUUGGGGACAGGAACAGGAUAUACAUACUCAAUUUGCCAGGAAAGUGCUGCUUCAAACACUGAAAUGUAAAUGUCCUGUUAUUUGUUUUAAUGCGAAGGAUUUUGUGAGAGCCGUGCUCCAGUUUCUCGGUGAUGAUGGCAGCUGGAAGCAGGUUGCUGGUUUUGUAGGGUUAGAUCCCAGAAUUGCUGCAUGGCUUAUAGAUCCUGGUGACACUGUGCCUUCUUUUGAAGAUUUGGUGGCAAAAUACUUGGAAAAAUCCAUCACAGUUAAAGUAAACAGCACAUAUGGAAACUCGCCAAGAAAUAUUGUGAAUCAGAAUGUGUGUGUGAACCUGAGGAUACUCUACAGCCUUAUGAUGGACCUUUGUUCUAAACUGAAGGUUUAUGGUUUAUGGCAACUAUUUUGUACUUUGGAGCUUCCUCUGAUACCAAUUUUGGCAGUGAUGGAAAGCCAUAAGAUUCAAGUAAACAAGGAAGAAAUGGAGAGGACUUCAGCUCUGCUUGGGUCUCGUCUCAAGGAAUUGGAACAAGAAGCUCAUUUUGUCGCAGGAGAACAGUUUCUUAUAACAAGUAAUCAUCAGCUCCGAGAGAUCCUGUUUGGCAAAUUCAAGCUGCACCUGCUGUGUCAGAAGAAGACGCUUGCCAAAACUGCACUGCAGAAAUCCCCGUCCACCUCUGAGGCCGUGUUGAACGUUCUGCAAGACCUGCAUCCAUUACCCAAGAUCAUUUUGGAAUAUAGGCAGGUUCACAAGAUCAAGUCAACCUUUGUAGAUGGAUUGCUAGCUUGCUUGAAAAAGGGCUUCAUUUCCUCUACAUGGAACCAAACUGGAACUGUGACCGGAAGACUUUCAGCCAAGCACCCUAAUAUCCAAGGUAUCUCCAAGCAUCCAAUUCAAAUUACUAAACCUCAAAAUUUUAAAGGGAAAGAAGACGAAGUCCUCACCAUUUCCCCCAGGACCAUGUUUGUUUCAGCCAAGGGCCACACCUUCCUGGCAGCAGACUUUUCACAGAUUGAGUUGCGCAUUCUUGCACACUUAUCUGGAGAUCCAGAACUUUUGAAGUUGUUCCAGGAACCUGAGAGAGAUGAUGUAUUUUCAACCCUGACUUCACAGUGGAAGGACAUUCCCAUGGAGCACGUGAAACACGCAGACAGAGAGCAGACCAAGAAGGUGGUGUACUCGGUGAUCUAUGGAGCAGGGAAGAAGCGACUUGCUGCUUGCCUUGGAGUUACUGUUCAGGAAGCUGCUCAGUUUUUGGAGAGUUUUUUGCAAAAAUACACGAAAAUCAAGGACUUUGCCCAAGCAACUAUUGCCCAGUGUCACCAGACAGGGUAUGUGGCGUCCAUCAUGGGCAGAAGGAGACCCUUGCCAAGGAUCCAUGCACGGAACCAGAAGCUUCGGGCACAAGCAGAGCGCCAGGCAGUGAACUUUGUGGUUCAAGGCUCAGCCGCCGACCUCUGCAAGCUGGCCAUGAUCCACAUCUUCGCUGCGGUGGCCUGUUCUCCCACCCUGACGGCCAGGUUGGUUGCCCAAAUUCACGACGAGCUGCUGUUUGAGGUGGAAGACCCACAGGUCCCCGAGUUUGCAGCUCUUGUGAGGGCCACCAUGGAGUCCUUGCAGCACGUCCAGGCUCUGGAGCUGCGGCUGCAGGUGCCUCUGAGGGUAAGCUUGAGCGCCGGCCAUGAGUGGGGCUGCCUGGCCCCCCUGCAGGAGGCCCUGGGCCCAGCUCCACGGCUCCCCCUACACCACAGCGAGUCUCCAAGCAACAGCCUGGACGCUGCUGCCAGGUCCCUGGGCAGCACCUACCACGGGAACACGCAUUUUUCACCUUCAUUUCGCCCGUAGCCCCAGGCAACAGAGGGACUGAAGAACUGGUUUCCACCAGCCCGUUCAGCAGCCUUUCCCAAGGUCAUGGGAACUGCUUCCUGCGGCUCCCAGACUGGAGCCCCUGGCAUGGCCACAUUAACCCCCCAAGCGGGGUGGCUGGUCACCCCAGUAAAGCUCUUACAAAGGCUGUCCCGCCCUUGCCUGAGUGGAUUCUUUAUAUAAUGCUUGGCCACUGGACCAGCACA